CUACAUCUCCCAGCAUGCCCCCCGCGGCCCGGAGCGAGGCGAGGCUCGGUGAGUCAGAGCCGCACAGUAAAUAUUUGUAUUAGCCGGAGCCGGCUCGCUAAUGGUGGACGCGUGAGGCGAAGGAGCGCGCGGCGGCGGGAGGCCGGAGCGGGCAGGCGACGGAGGCGCCAUGUCCGUGAACAUGGACGAGCUCAAGCACCAGGUCAUGAUCAACCAGUUCGUGCUGACGGCCGGCUGCGCAGCCGAUCAGGCGAAGCAGCUGCUGCAGGCGGCCCACUGGCAGUUCGAGACGGCCCUCAGCGCCUUUUUCCAAGAGACCAACAUCCCCUACAGCCACCAUCACCACCAGAUGAUGUGCACUCCAGCCAACACCCCCGCCACGCCCCCCAACUUCCCCGAUGCCCUCACCAUGUUCUCCCGUCUCAAGGCCUCCGAGAGCUUCCACAGUGGAGGCAGCGGCAGCCCGAUGGCCGCCACGGCCACGUCGCCCCCGCCGCACUUCCCACUCGCCACCACCGGCAGCUUCGCGGCACCCAGCUGGCCGGCUGUGGCCUCGCCCCCAGGGGGGGCACAGCACCACCAGCCGCAGCAGCCGCCCCUGUGGACUCCGGCACCCCCUUCCCCGGUGUCAGACUGGCCGCCCCUGGUCCCCCAACAGGCCGCCUCAGAACCCAGAGCCCACCCUGCCAUGGAGGCCGAGAGAUAAGGGAGGCCCCUCCCCCCUCCCGGAGGCCAGAACCCCGUGGGGCGGGGGAGAGGACGUCUCUGCGGGCCCCCUUCACCCUCUGUCUGCACCCCCAUUCCCCAGAGCCCUGGGGGGGAGAGACCGGACCCUUGUGCCAGUACGCAGGCUGCCCGCAUGCGUACCCAGCAGCGCGGGCCUGCGGCACCCAGCUUUCAUGGAUUUGGUUCAGAGUCGUCUGGGUGCAGGUGGACAGAACCUCAGAGAACAAGCAGCCUUCCCCCGAGGACUCACCUGCCCCACCCCACCCCAGGGGGCUGCGGAGCUCCCUGGGGCUGGUGGGCCUAGAUCCCCACCCUCGGGAAUGCAGAGCCUUCUCCGCAUGUGUGCGUGUCGCUGUGUCUGUGUAUUUAUAUGUAUGUCGCUCUUCGAGAAGCAACCUAGUUUAUGGGGCAGCUGGACUUUGCAUGUUAGAGUGAGCCCCCUCUCCCCUUGUCCGCCGUCCCUCUCCCCAGGGCCUUGCCCCUCUCCCCUGCCCCCUGGGCAGUCAGCCUUGCUGUUCCCUGCAGAGAAAAGGAUUGUGGGAAACUCCAGGACUCUUCCCACCCAUCCCCCAGCGCCUGCCUGCUGGGGCUGCCUGCAUGCCUCCCCAGAGCCCGGGGGUACCCCAUCCCCAGUUCCUUUCCCCCUUUUAACAAAGGAGAAGAAAGAGUUCCAAACCACCACCAGGCUCUGUGGUCUUGCCUCGUAUCCUAAGCUUUGCUGCCAGCUGGCCCAGUGUGGAGGGGGAGGGAGCCAACGGAGCCCAGAGCAGGGGCCCACCCCCCAGUCCCGCCUGGCUCCACACCGCUCCUGUCUGUUGCUGUGUUUUCAACCACAACAUGCUCUGGAAUCUUCCUGCCCACCCCAGGCUCUUCCCAUGAAGUUAGUUCCUGCCCUGUGUUCCCAGAACCCCUGCCUCCAUCUGCUCACCCUUCCCCCGUCCGACUGGACAGAUCCCGACCUCCAGGGCUAACAGCUGCCUUCCGGUCUGCCAGGGUUUCACAGAGGACUUUUCUUCCUGGCUUAGGGCCCCAGUGACUGGCUGCAGGCUGGACCCUCAGCCCAACCUCCAGCAAAUAUGCUGUGUGGGCAGGGCCCUCCCUUGGGGAGGCACAGGACACAGCACCCGUAGUAAGAUAGCAGGCUUGGCUGCAGAGCCCGUGGGGGCUAGCAGCAGGGACCGGACAAGGCUGAGCAGAGUCUAACCCGCAGCUCAAACCUUUGGUUGCUAAGGAGACGAACCACUCGGGCAACAGUGGAUCCCCGGCUGCUAUCAAGCCAGGCUAGGGCAGGCACCUGUUCUUGCUCCAAGGGAGAAGCCAGGGCGCCCCACUCUGUCCUGGGCAGCCUGUACCAGUGGAGGGCAUCCCUGGGGCGGCUUUGGGAGAAGGUAGCCUUGGCCUUGUACCCCUUCGUGACGAGCUGGAACGUGGGGAAGGAAGGAGGUGGGGGCCUCUGCAGCUCUUCACUGACAGACCUUACUCCCUAAUCCGGGAGAGCCUGCCAGCACUCAGCCCUCUGUGGACGGCGUCUGGGUUGGGGAGUUCUAUUUUGGAAGGUCUCCUGCUUGACAGGUGUCUCAGCGCCUGCCAUCAACAGUUCUGCUCUCGCUCCCCAGGGAUGCCGUGCUGCCACUUAGCCUCACCUCUGCCCUGUUGGAGCCUGGACAGGCUCUGCGGACCACUGUCUGUCCCCGCUUAUCACUGAAGACUGACUGCGGCGCCCCUGCUCUAGCUGUUGCUUAUGUUCUGGAAGUGUGUCCUCACCUUGAAGCCCACCCUUCUAAUAGCCUUCAGAGGAGGCGCAGCUCUGUCUGGGGUGCCUGUGGUGAGGGAAUUGCGGGAUGGGGCAGGAUGAGAAGGGGGAGGCUGCCCUAGGCCUCUUUACUUUCAUCCUUUUGGAUGGAAGACAAUUCUCAGGGAGCUGCCACAUCUCCCUCUAAGUGUAGGAAAAAUGGUUUGUAGAGGCAAGUAAGUAUUUCUGGGUUAUCUGUGACAUGGGGGUUAUCUGUAACAGUGUGCCUGAGCUCCCCAGUGCGCAGAUUACUGAGGUGGCCGUAUGCGUUGGAGCCACACAAGACAGUGUACAGUCCAGAAUGUGCACUCAGCCUACCCCCAGGUGGGCCCCUGGGUGGCCUCUAACAGCCUACCCCCAGGUGGGCCCCUGGGUGGCCUCUAAGUGAUCCACACCCUUGCUACUCAAAGUGUGGUUCCCAGACCAGCGGCAUAACCUGGGAACUUGUUAGAGAUGCAGGACCUCAGCCCCCAGCCCAGAUCUACUGAAACAGAAUCUGCUUCUGACAGGAUCCUCACAUGCCCAGUGGACAUUCAAGGGUGAGAAUGUCCCAACCUGACCAAGCCUAGUUCUGUUUCUGGAGGCCCCCACGGGCUGGGCCUGGAGGUCCCUGGUGGUCUCAUUAGGGCUGGCAGGGACUUGAGGUUCCUGUAGAUCCAGCUCUUCUAGCGUGGGCACUCUAGACAUCGGAGGCUGGGUCCUUCUCUGCCAUGGGCGCAUCCUGUAUGCUGUGAGAUGUUGAGCAGUAUCGCUGGCCCCUUCCCAUGAGUAGAUGCCAGGAGCAGCCCCCAGUUGUGACAACCAAAAAUGUCUAUAGGCACAGUGAAACAUCCCCUGGAAGCAAAGUCACCCCAGUAGAGAGAUCCCACGCUGCCUGUGGUUCCGUAGCUGGCUGCACAGCAUGGCCUCCAGGGAGCUCCCAGGCCCCACGGCAUCAGAAUCCCUGGGGGGGCCCUGACAGUACAGUUUUAAACAUUCCCCAGGAUAUCAGUGAUCGACUUGUGAAUGUACUAAAAACCACUCAAUCGUAUACUUUAAAAACUGUAUGGGGGCUUCUCUGGUGGCGCAGUGGUUGAGAAUCUACCUGCCAAUGCAGGGGACACGGGUUCGAUCCCUGGUCUGGGAAGAUCCCACAUGCCGUAGAGCAACUAAGCCCGUGCGCCACAACUACUGAGCCUGUACUCUAGAGCCCGUGAGCCACGACUACUGAGCCUGUGUGCCGCAACUACUGAAGCCCACGCGCCUAGAGCCUGUGCUCCACAACGAGAGAAACCACCGCAACGAGAAGCCUGCGCGCUGCAACGAAGAGUAGCCCCCGCUCACCACAAUUAGAGAAAGCCCGCAUGCAGCAACAAAGACCCAACACAGUCAAAAAUAAAUAAAAUAAAUAAAUUUAUAAAAAACUGUAUGGCAUGACACUUAUGUGUCAUAGCUGUUAUUAAAAGUAGAAUGGUUCCCGGGUGAUUCUGAUGCAACACAAGCCCCUCGUGGCAGCUGGGAGCCACCAGACUCGUGACCCUCCAGCAUGCAGAGCACAAGGGUCCCUUGGGUCCUUGAGGCAACUGUUCUGGAGGAGGGCCCAGGAAUCUGAUUUCUCUCUUUUUAAAAAUUUUUUUAAUGGACUUUAUUUUUUAAAGCAGUUUUGUUUUUUUUAAUUCUGUUUUUGAAUUUUAUUUUAUUUUUUAUAUAGCAGGUUCUUAUUAGUUAUCUGUUUUAUACAUAUUAGUGUGUAUAUGUCAAUCCCAAUAUCCCAAUUCAUCCCACCACCACCACUUUCUCCCCUAGGUGUCCAUAUGUUUGUUGUCUACAUCUGUGUCUCUAUUUCUGCCCUGCAAACUGGUUAGGAAUCUGAUUUCUAACAAGGGCCCCAGGCACAGCGGAAACUGGAGCAGGAGGGGGCAGAGGGCAGGGCUGGAGCUUUCCAGCAAUGCUGAGGCCCUGUCAGGUGUGAGCCUCUGAGCAUCUCUCAGGCAAGCAAAGGGGUCAGGAAAACUCACUCAAGGGGAGCUAGAGGUGGGACAACAUAGAUGCCACGUGACCCAGAACUCAAGGGCAGCACAGAACCAGGAACUUCAAUUUCCCCAAACCUUGAGUCUCAGAAGCAAAACUGAAGGAGUCAGUAACCACCUACUACACGUUCAAGUGUAAACUGGCUAAAAAGCAAAGCUGCUGAUGUAGGAACGGAAGAGACUCACAUUUACAGCCAUCCUCAGCUGUCCACCUCGGGCACCUCCUAGGAGCUGCCUCAGCAGCACACAGAGACCAGCCUUGUCACCUCAAAAGUCCAGCCUCUGGGCUUCGUCACCACUAGACUUGAGCUCCAGAUCGCUCUCUUUCCAAGAUUCCAUUGUGAAAACACCAUUUGCAUCCAUGAGGUUGCUGGAAAGAAUGUGAUUGGAGCUCUCAUUUCUGAAGAGGGUAUAUGGCAGCAUGUGGAAUGGAGGCCCGGCCUCCCCAGGUGACAAGCGGUGGGUGAGCCCUUCAGGUCUGAUGUUAAAUGAUCAGGGCGUGGCUGUCUUAGGGGUUUGCAGAUUCACAGGCCUCUGAUAUGUGCUGUUGGGCUUGAUUUGUCGGCCAGCACUUUAAAAUCAGGAGAGUUAAAUAAAAAAAAUUAAAAAAAAAAAUCAGGAGAGUUUACAAGAAAAGCCUCACU